AUGGUCGGCCAGCCCAGCCCGGCAGAUGUCAAUACCGUUGCUGCCUUCGUCAGCGCCGAGGACGUGCCCGACCUCGUCCACGCCGAUCCGGUCGACUGCCUGGUCUUGUGCGUGUCGGCCGUGCUGCACAGCGCCGACGUCGUCUUCUCAGCGCUUGAAGCGCGUCCGCGCCUGACCAAGACGCUGGUCAUCUGCGGAGGCAUUGGUCACUCGACGCCAUUCCUCUACGACGCAAUUUCACGCCACCCUAAUUAUCAGGAGCUUUACCCGGCGAUUCGCGGCCUGCCGGAGUCGCGCGUGCUGGCCCAAGUCUUCGACCGCUUUUACGACUCAGACGCCAUUCGCCGAGCGGGCGUAACGGUGCUCGUCGAGGACCGCUCCACCAACUGCGGAGCCAAUGCCCUCGAGUUGCGCGCGCUGCUGCAACGACACCGCAUUGCGACACCACGCACGCUCCUCGUCGUCCAGGAUCCCACCAUGGCCCGUCGCACCGUGGCCUCGUUCGACAAGGCCUUCGACGACGCCGACGUCAGGCCCCGCGUGCUGAGCUGCCCGACCUUUGUGCCGCACGUCGAACGCGUGGGAUCCGACCUGGUCUACCGCACGCCGGCAGUUGAGCGGACGGGCCUCUGGGAGCUCCCUCGCUUCCUCGACCUGCUCCUAGGCGAGAUUCCUCGGCUGCGCGACGACGCCAACGGCUACGGCCCGCGCGGCAAAGGCUUCAUCGUCCACGUCGACGUGCCCGACGCGGUCGAGCAGGCGUGGGCGCGCGUUUGCGAGACGGUUGAGCGCGGUAGGUAG